CCACAAGCUUUUCACCCCGUCACUCAAUUUAUUUAAGAAAUCAUGAAAACAAAAAAAAAUCAAACCCAAAGCUGAGUAUUGUUGAUGAUGAUGGAUAGGGAGCAGGAAGAGCUUCAAUUUCUGGGUUUCUUUGGCAUAGUGAAAGAAUCAUUGAAGAUCAUAUAUUCAUGGAGAAAAAUCUUCGCCCAAAUUACCCUAUCCUUUAUUUUCCCUCUCUCUUUCAUUUUUCUAGCUCAUAUCCAAAUCUCUCAGCUCCUUUUUGCUAAUAUCCUCAAUAAUGAAGACACAUUGAAUUAUACCCAAGCUGGAACUCCUGGAUAUGAUAAACUUUCCGAUGUAAUAUCAUCCGAAUGGGUUGCACUUUGGCUCUUCAAAGCUGCAUAUUUCACUUUCUUUCUCAUCCUUUCACUUCUCUCCACUUCGGCUGUUGUUUACACAAUCGCAUGCAUUUACACAGGCAAGGAAAUCUCGUUCAAGAAGGUCAUCAGUGUGGUACCCAAGGUUUGGAAGCGACUUUUCGUGACUUUCCUUUGGAGUUUCGCCAUUGUUUUCGUUUACAACAUCGUUUCUGGUAUGUUGUUAUUGUUGCCGGUUGCUGUGCUAGGAUUAGGCAUGUUAGGGAUAUCGGUUUUCGUGGUUGUUCUCGUGCCGUACUUGGCGGGACUGGUUUAUAUUUCCUUGGUUUGGCAAUUGGCUAGCGUGGUUUCAGUGUUGGAAGACGACUAUGGGAUCAAAGCCAUGAAGAAGAGCAAGGCGUUGAUAAAGGGUAAGACGGGGGUUGCGGUCGCCAUGUUUCUUGUGCUGGUUGUUUGUUUUAUUGGGAUUCAAGUGGUGUUCGAGAUCGGGGUGUUGUUUUAUUGGUCGAUGAGUGUUGAAAUGAGGAUUGGGAUUCCAAUCCUUUGCUUUUUGAUACUGUUUAUGGUGGUUCUGUUCGGACUUGUUGCUCAAACAGUUAUCUACUUUGUGUGCAAAUCAUAUCACCACGAGAAUAUAGACAAGUCUUGUUUAGCAGAUCAUCUCGAGGUUUAUCUUGGAGAGUAUGUUCCUCUCAAGGCUAAGGAUGUCCAACUUGAGCAGUUUCAUGUGUAAUUUUCUGUAUUCUAUAUAUCUUUUGAGUAUUUUUGUAUCAAGGAAAAAGUUAUUGGGUCCAAUUCCAAAUUUGAAUUUUACUUAAAUACAA